AUGGUGCGCAACAUAAUCGAGGACUCCGAUGAUGAAGGUGGCUUCGGCGCCCUCUCACCUGUCGCCAGCAGGGACAGCUCACCGGCUCCUGCCCAUCCGCCGAACGAAAAGAUCCCCGCCUAUUCCCAGAAGUCCUUACCCGGCACAGGUUCAACGGAAGAACUGCGACGCGAGAUUGCUGCUGCCCAUGAGGACGUCAUAGCCAAAUCGGCUGCUCCGAACGGAACCACAAAUAGUCCAGAUAGCACCACUCGCUGGGACUCACCCACAGGCUCGCACAAACGCAAAUCCACUCUUUCGAGUCUCGAUAGUCAUGCCACAUCGCAAACAAAGAGACCCGACAGAAGGAAGUCCACAAGGACAUACGGUCGGUCAGACCGGGGGGACUACAGCUUGUUCGGUGAAGGAGAGAAUGCCUUCGAGUUUAUGAAGCAGGAUGAGACAGUUCGACGCAGGAGCGAUCGCGGAGAUUGCGCUCACCAGAAUGAGGACGAGCCGCCACCUCAAACUUCUGGAGAGUAUUCAGCCGUGAACCAAGCUACUCUCCCCACGAUGCCUUCCUUUUUACAGGAAGAUUUCGCAGGACACGAACCCGCUGUGAUGUUCCCCAUGGCAAUGUCUAGCACAAUCCCAGAGGCGACUCUAGAUCAAGAGCGGCUUCUGGAGGCCGCUCGCGCAGAGUAUCAACAGAACCAAUACCAUAAUUCUCCUAGGAUUGCGGCGUCGAAGUUUAUUGAAAAUCCGUCUGUUUCCUGGUCCGACUCACUUGAAGGUAAUGAGAGAGCAAUGCGGUCUAGCCAAAAUAGCAGUCGGAAGUCACAGCAACCUCAUCCUGGAAGCACAAACCGAAGCCAAUCACUUAGACCAAAUGAGUCUCAAGAAGUAGGACCCCAGCCAUUGAACAAUGAGAGCAACUCUUUCCCAACACCAAGGUCGAGGGUGGCAGCUAAGCGGUCAUGUUCACGGACGUAUCAGUCAGAUUAUGACGAACUUGGUGAACGCGACGAGCUUGGUGGAGACCCGUUGCCCGACAUCAGCAUAGCUUCGCUUCGACAGGAGAGACAGUCUCAGAUUGAAGACAGCCCUACGAAGUCGCAAAGGGCGGUCGACCAGUCGAUACAGGAGUCUAUACGUGCAGUCAGAGCCUCGAAGGCCAAGAAAGAACGGGAAACUAGCACCAGCGACGCGCUGAACAGUGAGGAUCGUGCGAUCGGGUUGCCAAAAGAAAGAUACGUCCCAAGACCGAGCCGUUCGAGGUCUAUACGCUCACCCAUGGUUGAGCCUGCCUACUCGGUGAUACCAGAGGAGGCAGCAAAGCUAAAGACGAAGCGUCGCAAGACCGGUGAUGUCAUAACAGUUCAGGGACACAAUAACACCCAGCCAGAAUCAACAUUUACCAAAGAGACUAUUGCGCCGGCGACAGAAGAAAGCGCAGCGCCACCGGUUGACGUGCCGUUGUCGGCAUCCGAGAAGACUCAGAUCGAUGCACCAAGGCAAAAACGCAAAAGGGGAAGACCACCAAGGAAGCGUCAAGCGGAAGCCAACAACACGAUUUCAGAUGAGCAACAUGUUACUAGCAUGACAGAGGAAAGUCAGAUAGACGAGGUGGACAAGCGGCACCAAGUCAUGCCAUCGGCUAGCGAAAACCAAGACCCGGAGGAAUUGGUCACUCAUACCGGGCAGUUACUCCAUGAUCCUGACUUUAGGGACGAUGGUCUUCACGAGAGGCUUCCUUCGCCCGUGGUUCAGCCGUCUCCCGCCAGCCCUGCACGCGCGGUUGGCGAGGUGCAGCAAGUGGAAGAGCCGAAGCAGAAAAGAAGAGGUCGUGGCCGACCACGGUCCACCCAGAAUAAGGUUCGAGGGCCGGCUGCAACCGACGUGGACGAAUUACGGACAGCCGUGGAAGCCCCUCCGUAUAAUGAAAACGAGAAGUGUCAGGAGAUGCAGCCAAAUGCGGGCUUGGAAGACGGCAAGUCGCAUGACCUUCAGAAGACAGAAGAGGAUGUGGAAGAAGCGACGCUUGGCACUGCAGGCAAUGCAGGCACUGCAGACGACGCGGCCCCCGCUCUUGGCUCUUCUAGAUCAUCAGAAGAGCCGAGCGAGCAACACGAAGUGGGAGCGAACCAGAAGGUAGCAAUCAAAGGAGGAUCCGCGGAGCCGUCGCCACUGCGCAAGGGCAAGGUACCGGUCCGGGUGGGACUGAGCCGAAAGGCGAGAAUCGCACCGCUAUUGAAGAUUGUCAGAAAGUGA